UUUGACCGAUAUUCUUAUUAUUUGGUAAAUAAUUGGCUGCUGCCAUUAAUGCAUGUAUUCAUAAUAAAUUAUUCAUACGGUAGCAAUUAUUGCCCAUCUAACCCCACUAAAAGAACAGCUGAAAGUAACCAUCUGAUAGAGGAAAUGAAACCCAAGGCAACCAAGAAGGGCUUUGAGUCAUAGGCUUCAACAAGGAAGGGACCAUCUUCGACCCACAUGCACCGAGGCUGAGGUGCUGUCGCACAUCAGUUUCGGCAAAGGAUCACCAAGUCUCCAACAGCAUGCAGAGGGCAUCCUUCUGAAACUGGGACAUGACGGCGUCGGCAUAGGUCGAUGCUUGUUGAGUAUGAGAUGCAGCACUCAGCAUCUUGGCCCAAAAUGAUGGAUAGUUUGACAACUGUUAGUCUUAUUGGUCAAAGGAAUCCAGAGUCUUCUUCAGAUGUUGUGAUCCGUGCAAUAUACCAAAUACUACAGAGAGGAUGGAUUGUUCGUCUAGAGCAUGUUUAUCAGGAGGCAAAUGAUGUAGCCGAUCUAUUGUCUAAUAGUUCAAAAACAAAGGAGUUUGGAUAUCAUUCCUUCAAUGAACCUCUAGAAAAAGGAAUAGUUCAUACCGGAUACCGGUUGUGCCGAAAGUUGUAGAAAGAGAUUUCCAUAACAAUCCUUUUAUUGAUGGGUUAUUUAUAGGCUUCUCCUCA